GUGCUAGAAAAUGUUCGCAAAAGCUAACAUGUGAUUUUUAUAGUUCUACCCGCAAAUAAUAAAUAUAGUCUAAACACAACUUAGCAAUGAAAACCAAUGAGCCAAAUUAUGAAAUCGAAAUCGAAGAGUAACAUUAACUCUGAUAGUCCUAAUAUUGACGACACUAUCAGUAGUAGUAAUAGUAGUACUGGUUACUAUUUUAACAGUUAUGAAACCCUAAGUCCUACAACUGCAACUUUAUUACCAAGAAAUUUAUUAGAUAGUCCAAUACUUAAUGAUCAAACCAUUUUAUCACCAACUUCAUUUUUGUCAACAUCAAAGAAUACACGAAGUAAUUCUUAUCUACAAAUACCUAUAAUGCAUUUGAAAACAGAAGACAGUGAUUUGAAGAUUCAAUCUUUUGAUGAUAAUAAUGACAUUAGCUCUGAUGUUACUAUUUCUACGACAAAAAGUACUAAUGCUAAUCAACAUACUGACAAAUACUUCACGGGAUUUUAUUUAAAAACUACCUAUUCUGAUGUUAAAUUCAUUAUUAAAGAUCCAUUUAUUAUUGAAAAAUUGAUUCUACUACCUAUGACUAAUUUAUUUCUCUAUUUAAUGAAGAAAAGUAAGCCUAAAGUUAAUGAAAAUGAAUCAAAAUGUAAUUACAGUAAAAGUACUCCUGUUUGUACAACUACUAAUAAUGAAAUAUCUGACUAUUCAUCUUCAAUAUCAUCACAAUCAUCAUCUUAUACAUGUCAAUUGAUUCAUUCUAAACGUGUAUUAAUGGAAUUAUAUAAGAACUAUAUUGAAACUUAUGGAUAUUUAAAACAUUCAAAGCGAUUUGUUAAAUAUGCAUUGAAAGAUUUUCCUGAUUGUGAAGAGAAAUCUAACCUUCUGAAAUUACUUAAUAAAUGUAAUAGAUCAAUCAGUAUGUUGAAUAAACCAGAUGAAUCUUCUAGUCAACAUAAAAUGAAUAGUGAUACAUUCAACUUUGGUCUAAAUGUUAAUAGAACACCAUCUGAUUACCGGUUCUCCACAUUUUCACCAUCAUCAUCAACGAUCUCAUCAUCUAAUACAACAUUAUGCCCUUUUCAAAGUUCAUCAUUUUCAAUAAAUGAUUAUUAUUAUUAUCAUCAUCAUUGUCAACAAGAUCCAAUACUUUCAUCAGAUUGGUCUUUAAAUAUUAUAAAUAUAUCACCAUUUGAAUUAACAAAUAAUUUGUCAGAAGUAAAUCAUUUUAAAUCCAAUUAUAUUAUACAAACAAAACCAAUUUCAACCUAUUGUGUUGAUAUGAAAAAAUCAAAUAAGAUUUGUAGACAACUUGCCACAUUGAGACCAGAAAUCAAAACUAUAAUUUCCUUUUUACUGCUCUAGGUUUCAUCAAAUGGUUCAAAACAUAAGAACGAUUCAUUAUUCAACAUACGCUACAAGACACAAGUAUGCAAAUAUUUUCAAGAACAUGGUGGUUAUUGUCCAGUUGGAGUAAAAUGCCAUUUUGCACAUGGUAUAGAGGAACUGCGAGAUCCUAAAUCACAUCCAAAAUUUCGUAGUCAAAUAUGUCGAAACUAUUCAACCACUGGUAACUGCUCAUAUGGUGAUAAGUGUUAUUUUAAGCAUUUCAUAAACGGUUUGCCGUCAACAACAACAACAACAGUAACAACACCAAAAUUAGAAGUAUUCAAUGAUGAAGAAAAUCCAUCACCUGAUUCAACUAGUCAACCAUUGAAACAUUCAUUGAACUGAAAAGAAGUGAUAUUGGAAUGAAAGGAUUAGUAUUGAACUACAUGUGAACCUAAAUGAACGAACUUAGUGAAUGAGCAAAAAUGUUAAUAAUACUGACUUUUAUCUAGUUAGUGAUGUGUAAUAAAAUCCGUAUUUUUAAUUCUUACUGUUAUACCUCGUAUAGAUUUAUGAAUGGUAACUUUGAGAACUAUUUAUGGACCAAUAUGAUAAGUGUAAUUCCUAUUGUAUAAUUGUUAAGCAACUAAACUAUUCAUAUUCGUGUUCCUUUUACUAUGAGCUUUAUUUUGACCUAUGAACUAUUAUUUUACAAUUUACCAUACUUGAGUUAUCUUUAGUCCAUUAAUUACUGUUCCCCCUAUUCACAGCCACAUUCGGCCAAAUCUUGUACAAAUGUUAUUUUCUAUUUUAUGGUACGAUGUGGUCAGUUUGUUUGGUAUAUAAACCCAGUAUGUUUGAGAAUAAUGAUUCAUGGUGCAGUGGUUG